UUUUCGCUAAUCCAUGCCCUGGUUAAGACGAUCAACGGUUUUCUCUGCAAUAAUAACUUUAACGAAUCCAAUGCCCCGUUCACAUUUUCAUACAAAUUAUUUAUUGCAUUCACAGUAAAUUAAUAAAAUGAAGCUGACUUGCCCUCUGCUUAGCCGAUUACCAUCCAGUGUAGUCGGCAGUUGCGGACCCCUUUUAGCUAAGUAUUAUGGAGAGAAAUGCCCGGUUUUCACGUCUUAUAUGCAAAAAAUUCACGCCCAUACCAGCGCACCAAACGGAGUGUCCAGCAACACACUGGCGACGAAUCCGGCGGCGUGCAGCAAAUGCCCUUUCUUGACGCAGAACAGCAUCAGCGUGGUGCGUGUUAAGAACGAAGAGGUCAUUAGCGUGGAAGAUUAUGGAGAUCCAGAGCAGAAGAAAACGAAAGCAGUGGAAAGCGAAUCAAAGAAACAACAGCUCAGUUUUAACAACACCCAAGCGUUUGAUUACGGAAAGUUCAUGCAAAAGAAAAUUGAUGACAAGAAGAACGACCAUUCGUAUCGCAUCUUUAAAAAGGUCAAUCGUAGUGCGCAAAAUUUUCCCUAUGGACGCGAAUUCACCGGAGAUGAGAAGAACAUUACUGUCUGGUGCAGCAACGACUACUUAGGGAUGAGUCGUCAUCCAAAAGUACUGGAAGCUGUCAGUACCGCCUUGUCGAAGCAUGGCUCCGGUGCUGGAGGAACACGCAACAUCAGCGGCAAUUCCACUAUGCACGAAGAACUGGAAAGCGAACUGGCAAAACUGCAUAAGAAACCCGCGGCGUUGCUUUUUACAUCGUGUUAUGUGGCCAAUGAGUCGACUCUUCACACUCUGGGUCAAAUGCUCCCCGGCGUGCAUGUUUAUUCCGACGCGGGCAAUCACGCAUCCAUGAUCCAUGGUAUUCGAACCAGUCGCGCGCCUAAGCAUGUCUUCCGCCAUAACGACCCUGGACAUUUACGGGAAAAACUGCACAACUCUGAACUAGGAAGGCCAAAAAUUGUGGCCUUCGAAACGGUCCAUAGUAUGACAGGUGCGAUCACGCCUCUAGAAAAAAUGUGUGACAUUGGACACGAGCACGGCGCAUUGAACUUCGUGGACGAAGUACACGCCGUGGGAUUGUAUGGUGAUAAUGGCGGAGGUGUGGGUGAUCGCGACGGAUGCAUGGCCAAAAUGGAUAUCAUUUCCGGAACUCUUGGCAAAGCGUUCGGCAAUAUUGGAGGUUACAUUGCGAGUGACGCUACUCUGGUGGAUACCGUUCGUAGUUAUGCCAGUGGCUUCAUCUUCACCACGUCGCUGCCCCCGACCGUUCUGGUGGGAGCUCUGACGGCCAUCCGGGUGCUGGCGUCCGAAGAGGGCCGGCAAUUACGGGCUCGACACCAGGAGAACGUUAAAUACAUUCGUAAUGCGCUGAAAUCCGCUUACAUUCCGGCUUUGAGCACUCCGUCACAUAUCAUCCCGAUCCACGUUGGCGAUCCCAAACUGUCGACGGAAGUAUCCAACCGGCUGAUGCACACCUUCGGUCACUACGUGCAAGCGAUCAAUUAUCCCACUGUAGCGCGCGGCGAAGAACGCCUUCGAUUAGCUCCGACUCCGUUCCAUACGGAGCCCAUGAUGGACAAAUUUGUGGAUGAUUUGGUCAGUAUCUGGAAGGAAGUCGGCGUUGACCGCUUCCAUUUGAAUAGCGGUACACUGCAGUCCUCGGCCGAAGAAGCACCUCGGGAACAGUACGUUAUGGCCGCGGCUUAGAAAGAAUAAAUGCGUAAUUACAGCCGUGCAAACUCCUGCAUUUCGCUUGUUUUUUGAGUACUAAGAUUUGCUCUAUGAGUUUCGACCUGUCCGGUUUUUAAUCAUGUCAUGCCUUUAUUUAGUAAACAGCAUCAGGGGUAACAUUUUUACCCCGGUUUUUUUGUGAGUUCGACACUACUCGUACAGAAAUGUUUUUAAGUGUAUUCCAAGAAGCUUCUGCGAUAGCCGAAUCACUGUCCCAAACCUGGAAUCCUUUUUGUAACGCUAAAUUCAUAAUGCUGAAUGCUUUUCACUUUUCUCAUUGUGCAAAUAAAUUUCUCAACCGGAAAAAUGGGGCACUUAUGGUAAAUUUUGCCCUA